AUGAUCAUCCCAGUCAACGUCAAUAUCGCUGGAUCUUCCUCGACACCUCUUCCACCACAAUUCGCACAGUACGGGACGGACGAAGUGGUCCUUGUCGAGCUGCAAGGGGAGUUGGACGUCGAGGGUGACACAGGAGGUCAAUUCGUGGGGAAACUAACGAUAGACAACGACACUAAAAAAUCGACACUACUCAUUGGCCACCACCUGCUCGAGGGGAAACUCGUGAACUUGAACAAACCUCUGGCGGUCAUGCACAGACAGCCAAGACCUGAAGACGCGGACCAAGACAUAGAUGCGGAUUCACAGCCCAGGCACGAGCCGAGCGUGCCUCCACAGUGGGAUAUCAUUGCGGUGGUAAAGCGGAAGAUGGUCUUUGCAAAAAGGCCCAUGCCAAUGGUUGGGAAGUCUUCAAUGACAGAACCCCCCAUGAAGAGUUGAACGUUGUCUGCAACCUUCAUCUUACACGCCAUGACGAGAGCGAAACUCGUAUUGUACCAGUACGACGUACCUGUAAUCCAUCCGACCCUUCUCAAUGCACCACUCUUGUAUCGCACACAGAAGUCAGAUUUUGGUGACAGCAGCAUAUAUUGAGAACGUGCGGAAGAGUAGCGAGGUAUGUAGUUCACCACCUGUGUCAGAUUCUCUCCUUUCAGCCCGCUCCAGCCUAUUCAUGAGUAUCAGCCGAAGCGACACCUCUAGACCGCAGAUAGACCAGUCAAAGCGGAGAGAACCCAAGCACGAGCAGAAGAACAAACGAAAGCACAAAAGCCAACGCUAACGUUGCUCUAGGAGACUGGAACGCGGACAAGGAGACGGAAGAGCGACCCACGAGCCCGAACUUUUGUGUCUCCACGGAUUUGUUCAAAGAUUUUCGAGAGCGAGCGCGCGCGAAUUUAAGGAGGAUAAGACGCCCAUUACGUAAGCCG